CUGGUUCAAAAGGUUCCCGGAAUAAAUCGCAAUGGAGCUUUCGACCAGUCAGAAAGACAACCGAGUUCUCAUCUAUAACGGUUUUGAGUAUCUGUAUGCUAAAACAUUAAAUGGAAUAGAUACAUGGAAGUGCCGUGAAAAUCGACAAUCGAAGUGCCAUUCCCGUAUGAAGACAAGAAACAACGACAUUAUACAAGAGCCAAGUAGUCACAGUCAUGAUGCCUGUCCUCAAAAAGCUGAAGCAAACAUCGCAAAAAGACGAAUGGUAGAAGCCAUGGCUGAAAUAAAUGCCACCGCCCGCAAUGUUAUUGGAGAGACAUUGUCAAAACUAAGCACGGAUGUAAUUGCUUAUCUGCCAAAGCAAUCUUCCCUUGCUAGAACUCUUCGAAACCACCGAGUAAUGAAGCACUUGCCAAAUCCACCCACGGCAGAUUUUGCAAUUCCUGAGAAAUACAGGGAUCUUGUAUUACACGACUCGGUAUUAGACGGUUCAAAUCGAAUUUUAAUAUUAGGAGAUCGAGAUUUAAUGGGCAAAUUAAGUCAAGACACACUAUUCGGCGACGGAACAUUUGACAAAGCACCAAAUAUGUUUUACCAACUCUAUACAGUCCAUGCCAAAGUAGGAAAUUCGUAUCCACCAUGUGUGUAUAUACUGCUGACGAAGAAAAAUGAACAAACGUACUUGGAGAUGUUUAAUAUUUUAAAAAGGUUAGUUCCGGAUAUGGCUCCUGAGAGGAUACUUCUGGAUUUUGAAAAGGCUUGUAUGAAUGCUGCGAGAAUUGUUUUCCCGGAAACCGAAAUUAAAGGUUGUUAUUUUCAUUUGUGCCAGAGCAUUAUAAGAAAAAUUAAUGCAGUUGGCCUAAAAUCGGAAUAUGAAUCAAAUAUUGAUACAAGAUUGAAGUUGAAGUCAUUGGCAGCAUUGUCGUUCGUUCCAAAAGAAGACGUACAAGAUAUUUUCAAAAGCCUUGCUAGUACUUUUCCUGAUGAAGACAGAUUCAACGAAGUUCUGUCCUAUUUUUUUUCAACUUAUAUACAAGGUGCUGCCGGAAGAGGUCCACUAUUUCAUCCUCGAACAUGGAACCACUACGAUACAGCUCUCAAUGAAUCACCAAGGACUACUAAUAGUUGCGAAGGAUUUCACAAUGCCCUCAAUUCUAUAUUUCAUUGCAGUCACCCAAGUGUGUGGACCCUUUUCGAUGGAUUGAGACGAGAUUUAGCUUGUCACAAGCUUACAUUAGUGAACUCUGAAACUAACCAACUGGAGCCUACUAAAAGGAAAUACAGGAAACUUUACGCGAUUGUAGCCAGUUCAGUAGAAAAAUAUCAUGGAACAAAGGACAAGUUAUCUUAUUUAAGGAAAAUAGCUAAUAUACAAUAAUUAAUAUUCCUCUUUAUCAACUAUUACAAUGGACUUUUAAUGAAUUUUCGAUAUGAGGAAAUAUUACAUUGUUCUUCGCAAAAAUAAAAACAU